CUCCGCUUAAUUCGUCCGGCCUCAGUUCCAAACGAGAAGCGUGAAACCUCCUCCUAAUUAAUUAAUCGUUACUCUCUCGACGGUUCCCCAAAGUUCUUCGAUUCGAGGUACUGAGAAAUCCGAGCAUACAUGCGUUACGUCAGGAAAACCAGCAAGAUCAUUCAGCUGCAGUUUCGCACGUUUCUGCCGGCCACGCUGGAUCAAUAGUAGAACACCCCGAUCGAAGAUCUCUUCUUCUCUUCUUUCGACCUAGGACCGUUGGACUGCGAACUCGAAACUCAAAAGCCCCUGAAAGAUGUGGUCGCGUUUGCUCGCGCUGUUCUUCUUCCUGGCCGUCUGCUCGGCGGACCAACAGCCGCCCGAGGAUGCCGACAGGAUAUGCACGGACGAGCAUCCGGUUCUGCUGCACUACUUCUCCUGGGCCGACUACGUGGUGUUCACGGGGAUGCUGUUAAUCUCGUCCCUGAUCGGCACAUUCUACGGUUUCUUCUCCAAGAAGGAGGAGACCAGCAACGAGUUCCUGUUGGGCGGUUCGAACAUUGGAACGUUCCCCAUGGCGAUGUCCCUGGGCGCCAGUUUCAUCACGGCCAUCGAACUUCUUGGGAAUCCUGCGGAGAUGUACGAACAGGGAACGCAAUUUUGGAUGAGCUGCGUGACGUUCAUCCUGGUCGUACCGAUUACCUCGCUCCUGUACCUGCCGGUUUACAUGAAACUAAGGCUGACCUCCAGUUACGAAUAUCUGGAUUAUCGGUUCGAUCGACGCUGCAGACUGCUCGCCAGCGGACUGUACAUGUUACAAAUGAUUCUUUACACGUCCGUGGCCGUUUACGCGCCAGCGUUAGCUCUAAGUCAUGUCACGGGUCUCAAUACUUAUAUAGCCGUCACUCUAGUCUACGUAGUCUGUAUUUUCUACGCCUCACAGGGUGGAAUGUCAGCCGUCAUAAUGACGGACACGUUCCAAGGGGCGGUGCUCCUAGGUUCCCUGUUUCUUAUCCUCGGUUACGGCAUGACCUGGGAGGGCGGUCUUGCCCAAGUGUGGAACGCGAAUGAAAAGACUGGUAGGAUGCAGUUCUUCAACAUGGAUCCCAGUUUUACGACCAAGCACAGCUUCUGGAGCGUGGUGAUCGGCGGGACUGUCUACUGGACCACCAUGUUCUGCAGCAAUCAGGCGUCCAUCCAAAAAUACCUCAGCGUCGAGACCAUUGGCCAAGCCAGAACGGCGUUAUGGGUGUCUGCUAUCGGCAUGAUCAUCAUAUACACCGUGAACUUCUUGACCGGUAUGGUGCUCUACAGCACUUACAAAGACUGUGAUCCUCUGUUGGCUGGUUACAUAAGCAGCCGAGAUCAACUUCUGCCACUGUACGUGAUGAACUAUUUGGGCAGUCUCAAAGGCAUGCCCGGAUUCUUCGUCGCUGGAAUCUUUGCUGCCUCUUUGGGAACCGUGGCGAGCGCCUUGAACUCGCUGGCCGCGAUCACCUGCGAGGACAUUCUUCAAGGGCUGUUCAGGAUAAAAUUGCCAGAUGCAAAAGGCGCCGUAUACGCCAGGAGGAUCAGCAUUUUCUUCGGCGGUCUUAGCUUCGCUUUAGUCUUCGUUGUGGAGCGUCUUGGCAGCGUUCUCCAGGUUGCGUUAUCGUUUAAUGGCAUGGUCGGUGGAGUCACACUGGGACUGUUCUCUCUGGGGAUGUUUGUGCCGUGGGCGAACGCUAAGGGAGCAAUUUCAGGCGCCAUCGUGAGUUUGAUAAUCGUUAUAUGGAUCGGAAUAGGCACUCAGGUUGCUGUUUUCGGCGGACGUGUUCACUCAGACAGCAAACCUCUGUCGAUCGAUGCUUGUCCCUGCAUAGCAAACACCACGAAUCUAACGACCGAUCAUUUGGUCGAGGAAGAUGAUGAAAUCUCUUCGAUAUACAAGAUCAGUUAUCUAUGGUACAGCGCAAUCGGUUGUAUCCUGACGCUGCUGGUCGGUGUCGUGAUCAGCUUUGCCACAGGCUUCCAGAAACCGGCAGAUCUCGAUCCGGAUCUGCUGAGUCCUCCGAUCGCUUCUCUGUUCCGUCUCAAGGCGAAAACACCCGCAAAUAACGUCCAGGGGAUCACAAACUUCGGUUUGGAGCUGAGCGACGAAAAAUCGCAGGUGGAAAGCAGCAUGCGUCCCGAGUGAAGCGAGCAAUGGCGUCGAGGAACUUAAAUUCAACUUCGAGCGACCAGAGAUAGAAGAAAUUUUGCUCGUCUCUGCCAAAAGUAUUCUACUUCUUGAGGUUGUCUGUUGGGAAAAGUUUAGACAUUUUAAUUUUCAAAUGGAGAAACAUUCUUAAUUUUAUUCCACUAUUUAACAGCACGUUAAACUUAAAUUACGAAUAAGUUCGAAACUAAGAGAAAUCUGAACCAGUACUCCGCCAACCAGUGAGAGAAACUUUAAUCUUGGACCUCGCGAAUGGAGAUUUUGAAAGAUUCAUCCACUGAUCUAUCGUUUGGAACGCGUUCGAACUUCGACUGUUAUUGUUUCUUCUUUAUCGUCUUAAAUGGAUACAACGAAGUGGAAUCUCCAUUGACUAGAAUAACACUUAUUGGGGCGGUAGAUAGUUCAAUAUUAUUCGCUUUUAUAUCGAAAGAAUAUCGAAGAAGUGAAAAAGGAAUUAAUUAGUAUUCUGAGUCUAUUUUUCGAAGGACUCAGUUUCAGUCUCCAAUCGAAAACGAUUCAGAUUAGAAUUGUAAAUUCUAAAUCCGCUGGAGGACAAUGUCGAAAAGCGAAGCUGGACUUCGAAACGAACAAACCAAAGCAACCAAAGCAAGAGACUCGUCAACGGUGGUUCUUUAAAGAAUACUAAUGACAAUGAUGAUACUAAUAAGGGAAUACUGAUAAUUGAUUCUGCAGAAUGUAAUGACCAACAGAAAGGAAUCUUGUCAGUUCAGGGAGGGAUUUUUUAAGACUCUGUAGACAGUCGGAGAAGACUCCCAGCAAGGGGGCGACUCACGAUGGUGUAGAAUAGUUUAUUUAUGGCACUGUUAAUAUUGUACUUACUUUAAUUCUCGAAUUUCGGCCAUACCUGGACGAGGCGUUGUUUCGAGGGCGGUCUCGAUCAAUGAAAAACCGAUACACUUAAUUUAUUUUCUAUUUAAAAGAAAAAAAACAGUCCAGAUUCUUUGUAUUUGUUUAGCCCUUCGUUAAGUACGCGGAAGAAUUUUUAUUCAUUUCGUGUUUCAAAUUUUGUUUAAGCAGAAAAGAUUCGUUUAGAGAGACCUGUGAUCCACGACAAUGUUUAAUUCACUUCGAAAUAUCUUACCGUUUUUAACUUGCUUCUAAAAGUUAUUUAUUUUUCUUCAAAUAACACAGAAAAGUUCCGCUAUCCAUUUUAACCAGUUCUAUCCGCAAAUAAAUAAAUCUCCAACACCAGAUUCUUUUAUCCUUCUUCCAAAUUUUUUUCAAAUACACGCCCUGUUCAGCGACUCGUCGAUUAGGGGAUGGUUGUUCUAUAAUUUUUUUUUUUUAUACCUUGAAGAUGAAUAUCACUUUCACUGCGGAUGUGUACUCGUUCGUAUUUUUAAGCAAUCGGGAAAUAAGAAAUCAACUCUGAUGCGUUUUAUCCCUUCGUCGCGUAAAUUUUAAUUUUACCUUCUCUAGAAGAAACUUGUUAAUUUAUAUAUACGCAUUCAUCGUUUAAUUUGUAUUUAUAGAGCUAGCAGUCCCACGCGGGAAUCCUAUACAAUUUUCUCGGUUAACGCAAGCUGCUUCGUCUCGAGAAUGUAUUUCUACGAGAAUUUUAUACAUAAGAUGAAAAUACACG